AUGAUCCUUUGUCUCAUUAAUGUAAUUUUAUGUUUCCCAGACCACGUGGAACUGAAUGGACGUUGAUUUUGUAAAUGGCAUAAUCCCGAGCUGCUGUUUACAGGAAUUCCAACUCUAAACAUAGGCCAAUAUGAGUUAUACUGGUGUGAAGGUAGACUGUGAAACCCUGCUUAGCCGAUUUCAGGAGACGGACAGUGUGCGAUUCGAGGAUUUUCUGAAAAUGUGGCAGGAUGUGAAAUUUUCCAACAUAUUUCUAGGUGGAAUGAGGAGUCUGGAAAUGAACAAAUUCACAAAAGAGUCGUUUGCGGUUGCCUGCCUGUACUUUUUGCCGCCAUACACGUUUCAGAUCCGCGUGGGUGCUCUGUAUCUGCUUUAUGGACUGUAUAAUACCCAGCUCUGUCAGCCCAAACAGAAGAUCCGCAUAGCAUUGAAGGACUGGCACGAACUGGAGAGCUUCCACCAGGACCUUCUCAACGCUCAGCACUUGGAUGCAGUUUACAUAUUCCGGCAAAUGCGCCUGAGCCGGGCUUUCCAUUUCACAGGGAUGCCGACACUACUGACUUUCAAAAGCAUAAAAAAGCCUGCAAACAGUGCUGGGAAAGAAGAAUUUAAGGAUAUUCGAGACAAAGUCAAAGAUUUGGUUUCAACAGACACAUUGGAGGAAAUGCUGAAUAUUCAUGAGCACUACCAGAAAACAAAAUGCUUAAUUUCUGCUGAUAAAUCGAAGCCAGACAAGGCUCUGAGUCUGAUCAAGGAUGGAUUUGUAGACAGUCUUAAAAAUCUAGUAACGGAACACCAACAGUGGAAGAAAAGAACGAGGAAGCCGAGGACGGAAGCGGAGGAAAAAGAAGCUUCUUCGCAAGAAUCUGAAGGUUCAGAGAGAGCAAGAGCAUUGGCCAAAAUCAAGUCCAAAUCAUACAAUUCCGUUACAGUGGCCCCCAAAUCCAGACGGCAUCGUCAAGUUGAGAUGGCUUCUGUCACCCCAGCAUCUAAUUCUAAAAAAAGGACCAGACAGAAGGGCAGAAAGUCCAAAAGGAAGACUGCGAUAAAACAGGAGGCGUUGGAUUUGGAAGAUGACAAAGAAGGUGGCAGCAAGCGAAAACCCAAAAGGACAAGAUUGCCUGUCAUUCCAGAGGAGGAUUCAUCCUCUAGUAGUGAAGAAAUGCCGGUCGUAAAACAGAGGAGAACUUCGAAAAAGAGGGGGAAAACCUCCUGAUGUAAAAAUUUUGAUCCCCCAGUACAUGAUGGGUCUGUAAAUAAAUUAAAACAUGUAUUUCUUGAAA